ACAGUAGCCAUGAAGACACCCAGCUUUUUGUUUUUGGCCUUCGUACUCCUCAUUGCCCAUGUUGCCGCCUCGCGCCUCCAAGGCUCAACAUUCACUUCCAUUCAAACACUGACACAAUUUCACGACUCAUCCCGUCAAUUCAUAUUGGAUGGACGCCAACUUGCCAUUCCUUUGCCCGCACACGUUCUCCCGCCACUGGCUAUCGUUGGAGGGCUGGUCCAAGGCAUUGGGAACUCGUUGAGGCGACUUCAAGAGGGUACGAUAGACCUGUGGGGUAACACGAAGCAGCUAGGUGGGCUGAAGAAGCGCUUUGCCCGCGGAGAGACGUUGACGUUUCCGGAAUAUAAUUUGAUGCAGAAGACGAGCGGUGACAUAGCGAAAUUUGUCGGCCUGGCGCUUUUCACAAUGAGUAAACCGGAAUUUACUCCCUUCCUCUGCUCAUUCUUCCCCGCCGUUGUGCCCUCCACGUAUCUCAAUUCCGACGAGAAGCUCCAACGUUGUCAGCAACGAAACUUCGCGCGGGUCCGUGGCGUGGUAACGCACUUAAUGAGUCUGCAGCAAGAGGCGGUGGCCCCGCACAGGAAGGAGAAUGAUCGCAUGCGGCACUUGCGGACCAUGGAGCGAUUGCUGCACACCACCACCAAGGCGGGUCCGGGAAAAGCGCUGAAGCAGGUGGGAGAUCUUGAGUAUGUGCUCUUCUGCCGCCCAAAAAGGGAUGGCAAGGGUCGGCAGAAGGCGGACUUGCGUGCUGUUCCUCGGCCGUUCCUAGUUUCCGUUUGCAACGCGAUAGGCAUGUUUCACAAAUUCAUUCCAGCGGCGGGUCUCAGAACCAUGCUCAGCGAUUAUCUCUGGAAGAUUGACGAGAGCGACCAGGUGCUGCUUAACACAAACGUCGACAAGCUGGGAAGGGACGAUUUGCUCGACGCCUGUGCCCAGCGGGCCCUCUCUUUGGGCGACGCCUCCCCUGACGCUAUGCGAGCGAACCUUAAGUCGUAUUUGAAGUGCGUAUCCCGCCCAAGCCUGGCCCCACCAGUAGUAAGGAAAAAGGAAAGCGAGCAAGAGGGGAAAGUGGUGGCGCUGAACGAGAAUAAUAUGCGCUUUGCACUUUUAGGUUUGAAUAUGGUGGGAUUAGUGAGGGACGCAAAGGAAAAUAGUGCCUUGCGAGCUCUUUUUGGUUGUACUUGAAAGGGGGCUGGGGGUGGUGGGAGACGAGGCUCAUAUGGGAUGCGAGAAAGAGAAGGGAGUGGCAAUGACGGGGUUUGGGAAAUAUAACAAGUAAGGAGCAAGGGGCAAGGCAGCUUUAUGCGAAUAGUUGCAUUUUCCGGUUUGUAUGAUACUUUUUGUGCGAACAUUUGAUGUUAAAACAGCACCGAAGCGCAUUUUUGAGGGCGAGCUUGGAGUGUCUUUUUGCAACCGCCUUGUAAGAUGCAUGUGCGGGCAAACUCUCAGAAAAGCAACUUGCUUGAUCGUGCGCCCAAGAACUAAAUGGCGACAGCCCUCAGCGGAGAAAAAUACGGUGCGAAGAGCCCGGAGACUGACGAAAUGUUUCUUCAAGCGCG